AUGUCUAUACAAAAUGCGCCUGUCAGAGCAGCACAAUGGCUCGGUCGCGAACUGGGGCUUGCGACUAUGAAACAAGCCGGAAAAGAUGUGUACAUCAUCAUCCUGGCGCGUUACAUCCGUCUUUUCGCAUAUGGCAGUGUGGCGCUCAUCCUGGCACUCUUCUUUCAAGAGCAAGGCUUCUCAGACGAACAGAUCGGACUAUUCAUGUCAUUGACGUUGUUGGGAGACGUAGUCGUCAGCCUUCUUCUUACCCUCGUCGCCGAUACACUUGGACGACGUCGCACUUUACUCCUCGGAGCGGUGUCUAUGGCCAUAUCUGGCGCUGUGUUCGCCACAACGAGUAACUAUGUUGCUUUGCUUCUCGCAGCUAUCAUCGGUGUUAUCAGUCCGAGCGGAAACGAGAUCGGGCCGUUCAGAGCCGUCGAAGAGUCGACGUUGGCGCAUCUGGUGGCUGAGGACAAGAGAUCAGAUGUGUACACUUGGUACGUCGUCCUGGCUGUACUGGGCACGUCAACGGGUUUGGCCGUUGGUGGAGUGGCUGUCGACAACUUGCAAGCUAUCGAGGGUUGGACGGAUCUGGAUGCGUAUCGUGCGAUAUUCUGGAUCUACACCGGUGUUGGUUGUAUCAAGGCUUUGAUGACACUCUUUUUGAGCCAGAGAUGCGAACAUAGCGACUGGAACGAUGAACGCAACAAACCCGCUGCAUCGCCCGAGACCGAACCAUUACUGAACGGUCACGAAACCGAGGAUUCAAGCACUGCGGCACGGGAACCAUCCCCUAAAAAGUCCAAGAGAUUCUGGCAUUCUCUUAGCAAGAUUUCCAAGUCAAGUCGCAUCACUCUCAUCAAGCUAUGCAGCUUGUUUUUUCUAGAUUCCUUAGGCUCUGGGAUGGUUCCGUUCAGUUUGAUCAACUACUACAUGGAACGCAAAUUUGAUCUGCCAAAGGGCAAGUUAGGCGGCAUCAUGUCUGCAACGUGGUUUGUAUCGACACUUGGUAACGUCUUCGCUUCAAGUCUAGCGAAACGUCUCGGCUUGAUUCAAGCCAUGGUCUUUACUCACUUACCUUCCUCUAUCUUCCUUGCGCUACUCCCGGUUCCUUCAGGCCUUGCUCUAACUAUAUGUCUUCUUGUUGGCCGCUCAGUGCUCAACUCUAUGGACCAAGCGCCACGAUCAGCCUUCCUCUCGAUCGUCGUCUUACCCGGAGAGCGCACAGCUGUUAUGGGAGUCGUGAACAUACUCAAGACGCUGUCUCAGAGCAGUGGACCAAGUGUCACUGGUGUACUUGCUGGGAACAAUCAUUUCUGGGUCGCAUUCGUUGCAGCGGGUAGCUUGAAAGCGACUUACGAUUUGCUGCUACUCGCGUUCUUUGGCGGAAGGGUACAACCGCGGAAGGAGGAACCUGUACCCGAAGUAGUCAGGGGCGUCGAAGAGCAUGACAAUGUUGAACAGCCAGUGGACGUACAGAGGACGGCUUGA